ACCCUGCAAUGCGUUUGACGUGGUUUUGUUUUGAUUCUUGCUUUCUGUGGAGUGCGGAGUUUAUUCUUGCGUGUAGCCUAUUCCCGAAUUUAUUUAUUUUAAUGCUUAAUUCCCCACUAAACACUGUCGCUGCAAAGAUAUGGUAAGCUUAACGAUGGAGUCAGAAGACGAUGAUGAUAUGGACAUCGAUUGGAACAACAUUGAAACCAUCAAGAAGUUUGAUUCGGCCGAAUCAACAACCAACCUACUGUCCGUGGUAACGCGAACCACCGCCGAGCUGCACAAAGAGCAACGUACGCUUCAGACCCGGCUGGCAACGAAAGCAUCGGCACCGGUGAGUCUGCUGGUGGAAAGCUUGCUGCAGCAGCUGUGCGCCCUGCUGGAACCGGACGCAGAACGAUCGCGCGUCCUGUACAAGACGAUCUGUGACCGGUUGCAUGCGGUGAACUUGAUCGACGAAACCUACACGAUGGGAGAGUUCGAGAUGAUGCGCAACCAGUACCAGAAAGCCUUGUACCAUCUUGUCAGUAUUGCACGUGGCCGGGAUUUACCGGUUGUGUUGCCCGAUCUGCAAGAGUACUGGCCACUGCCGGCGGGGCUCGAGUGGUCACGCUACUACCGAGAGUUCGAGGAGCUUUCCUUCAUCGCCGGCGGUGGGUUCGGUAAGGUGUACCGGUCCCGCAACAAGCUGGACGAUAUCGUGUACGCCGUGAAGAAGGUGACCAUCCGAUCCACCACCAUAAAGAAUGUGCUUGUACACCUAGCCGAGGUAAAAACACUUGCCAGCCUAAAUCACAUCAACAUUGUACCUUACAAAGCGGCCUGGCUCGAGCCACUGAUGUCCCCGGGGAAGAACAGCGUCAACAGUUCAUCGACGAUCGACGACGACGACGAGAGUUCUGCUUCGGACGAAGAUGAGGACGCUGAAGGGACGCGUGAUAUAAGCGAUUCAUUGCGGCGACCAGAACAUGAUUCGGAAGAGUUCAGCAUUCUGUUCGAAAGGAGUAAUGGCGAGCAAGAGCCGGAGAAUAGCGAUGAGGCACGGCACCAGAUUGCGGAAGUGGAAGAUGCAUCGCGGAGCGUGGUUAGCAUCGAGGAAUCGCAACCACACAUUAACCUGAAGUGGGCCACCCUGUACAUCCAGAUGACUCUCUGCCAUCUGACCUUACGCGAAUGGCUCGAUCAGCGUAACACUGCCGAAAACUUUGCCCAAUUCUAUAUCGAUUUCUUGAACAACGAGCUAGGUCUGGUGGCCUCCUUUCCCCGGAACUCGUUCUGUCGACAAAGCUCACAGAUUUCCAACACCAGCGAUAGUGAACCGUUCGACCGAGAGUCACCUUCCCGCCGUAGUUCGGAAUCGUCCAAAGAUGACUCCCAGGCGGAGAGCAACGUGCAGCAUCUAGACAUCGUGAUCGAUAUUUUCCAACAACUGCUUAAUGGAUUGAACUACAUACACUCGCGCGGUAUUGUGCACCACGAUAUUAAGCCAAGCAAUAUUUUUGUAAGUCUAUCCCACCAUGACUCAAAAAUCAGCAUUCAGUUAGGCGAUUUCGGUUUGGCUUGCCCGCUGCAAAGUUCCCACGUGGGUGUUGGCUUUGGUACGCCGCUCUAUGCCGCGCCGGAACAGCUGGAAGGCCAGUGCGAUCCAAAGUCCGACAUCUACUCGCUUGGCAUAAUACUGCUCGAGCUGCUGAUACCGUUCUCAACCGAUAUGGAACGUGCGGAAACGAUCAAGCAGGUGCGGCGGGGACAUUUUCCCUCCGAGUUGGAUCGUGAUUUUACGGGACUGUUGAAAAAUUUGCUUCACAUCCAACCUACGAGACGACCGGGGAUGCAGGAUCUAGUUGAAGCCGUCAAUCGCAUUCGCAUUAAUCGCGAUCGGGUGAUAUCGGAGUUGCGUCGUAGCUUGUCACUGCGUGAGGAAGAGAUUUCCAGCUUGAGGACACAAAUCGAUGAACAGCAGCGGGUACAGCUCGAGACGGAAGAGGAACGUACGCUGAUGGAGCAACGCACCACUCGCACGCUCAUCGUAAAGGAGCAGGAGCUGAUCUACAUGAGCAUGGAGAUGCAAAACAAGGAGAUACAGCUCCGCAGCAAAGACAUGGAGCUUCGUAGCAAGGACGAGGAAAUUAAAAAGCUCAAAGAAAUGCUCCGAUCAUAUCAAGAGAAGGAAGCGAAAGCUCAACAAAACCAGCAACGGGCACAAGAUGAGAAGGAUUGAGUGGUAAUCGUCUUUGAAAUUUUCUUUUAUCUCCGGGAUUGUAGCGUUACGAUUGAAAGUAUGUGCUUUGCGAAUAGUUAACGAUUAAAUUAAAAGUGUUUGCGUACCGUUAAGUUCACGCUAUCCUAGCCAAAAAGACUUACUUAAAUUCUAGGUUAAGAGCGCGAGUAUUGUGAUGGCGUCAAUAAAUUACGCAUAGAAAUGUUAUUUCAGCUAUAGUGUCGCAGACAACGUUCCGAAAUCAUUGGAAAAGUUGUUUAAUAGCUCAUGAGUGAAAAGAUUCUCAUUUUGUAAGGAGAUCUUAUAGUUCUUCAACAGUAAGCACAACUUUAUGAAUAAAAAAAAAAA